UAAUUGUCUAUUUUGAUGUCUUCAGGUUACCAGAGAGAACUUCUCUAUCAGAAGGAAGAUGGCUCUUUCGGUGCUUUUGGGGAUAAUGACCCUUCUGGGAGCACGUGGUUGUCAGCUUUUGUUUUGCAAUGUUUCCUUGAAGCUGAUCCUUACAUAGACAUUGAUCAGAACGUAUUACACAGAACAUACACUUGGCUCCAAGGAUGUCAAAAGUCGAGUGGUGAAUUUUGGGAACCUGGAAGAGUGAUCCACAGUGAACUUCAAGGUGGCAAUAAAAGUCCUGUAACCCUUACGGCUUCUAUUGUGACUUCUCUCCUGGGCUAUAAAAAGUAUCAGCCUAAUAUUGAUGUGCAGGAGUCUGUCAACUUUUUGGAGUCUGAAUUUGAUAGAGGAAUUUCAGACAAUUACACACUGGCUCUUGUAACUUAUGUGCUGUCAUCUGUGAGGAGCCCUAAAGCCAAGGAAGCUUUGAAUAUGCUGACGGGGAGAGCGGAACAAGAAGGAGGCAUGCAAUUCUGGGUGCCAUCAGUGUCCAAACUUUCUGAAUCCUGGCAGCCAAGCUCCCUGGAUAUUGAAGUUGUGGUGUAUGCACUGCUGUCACACUUCCAGCAGCAUCAGGCUGCCGAGGGAGUCCCGAUAAUGAGGUGGUUCAGCACAAAUAGCUUCAGAGGUUUUGCAUCUACCCAGGACACCAUUGUGGCCUUGAAGGCCCUGUCUGAAUCUGCAGCCCUAAUGAACACAGAAAGGACAAACCUCCAAGUGACUGUGAUGGGGCCCAGUUCGCCGAGUCCUGUAAAGUUUCUGAUUGACACACAGAACCGCUUUGUCCUCCAGACGGCAGAGCUUGCUGUGGUGCAGCCAAUGGCAGUUAAUAUUUCCGCAAGUGGUUUUGGAUUUGCUAUUUGUCAGCUUAAUAUUAUUUAUAAUGUGAAAGAGUCUGGAUCUUUUAGAGUCCGAAAAUCAAUCCAAGAUCAAGAAGCCUUUGAUUUAGAUGUUGCUAUAAAAGAUAAUGGAGAUGAUAUCAAUCACUUGGAUUUGAAUGUGUGCACAAGUGUUACCAAAAUUUGAAGUUGCUUUGGAGAUACCAUUAUAUUGUUCUUUAAAUGCUAAGAGUUUAAAUGGUACCAUCACAGCAAAGUAAGUAUCCUAUUUCUUUUU